AUGGCGACAUUGAAAGACGGACUGCCGGAUCCAUCACCGCGCGUGACUCCCGAGGUCAUUGCUGAGAGAGAUCGGGAGAUUGGAGAGCUCCAGGAUGAGUUGACGAUCAUCAAAGCUGACGAGAAAAGGGCCCGAGCUGAACUGUCAGUCUUGGAGGCCAAGCCGCGGCUUUCCGAUCUUCGGCAAGAUAUUCAACGACUUCAGGAGGAACGGGACGCGGUUCAAGCCCGUCUGACAAGUUAUCAGGGCGAGAAUGAUGAUGCAGUCAUCCUUAGCCUAGAGGAGCGAGGAAAGCUUGAACAAGAAUGGAAGCAGUGGCAACGUCAUGCUACCCUCCGUCGUCGCUUCUGCCGGGAACUAUGGGGGAGGUGCACCGAGGUUUUACCCGAAGAUAUGACAUCGCAACAGCUUUGGGAGUCACUGGGGCUUGAAGGGACCCUCCAAUGA